CGCGCGCGUCCCAGGGAGCGGUUCUGAAGUCUCUUGGUUUUUUUCUCGGCUCGCCUCGAGUUUGCAGUAUUUUUGUAACGUGGUGUCCGCGGUUGUCGACAUGCCGUCGUCUGUGCUGGGCUCGGUGAUGGUGGCCUCUACGUCGUCGGCCGCCUCCCUGCAGGAAGCUUUGGAAAAUGCGGGGAGGCUUAUCGACCGACAGUUGCAAGAAGACCGCAUGUACCCAGACCUCUCUGAGCUGCUCAUGGUGUCCGCCCCAAACAAUCCCACUGUUUCUGGAAUGUCGGAUAUGGAUUACCCUCUACAAGGACCAGGUUUGCUGUCAGUACCCAGCCUUCCAGAGAUCAGCACUAUCCGAAGAGUCCCCCUCCCACCUGAGCUGGUUGAACAGUUUGGACAUAUGCAGUGUAACUGCAUGAUGGGGGUUUUCCCUCCUAUCAGCAGAGCUUGGCUGACAAUUGACAGUGACAUAUUCAUGUGGAACUACGAAGAUGGAGGUGACCUUGCCUAUUUUGAUGGACUCAGUGAAACAAUUCUUGCUGUGGGACUUGUGAAACCAAAAGCUGGCAUCUUUCAACCUCAUGUACGACACCUGCUGGUUUUGGCAACCCCUGUGGAUAUAGUAAUUCUUGGACUCAGCUAUGCUAAUGUACAAACAGGUUCUGGCAUUCUUAACGACAGCAUGUGUGGCGGGAUGCAGCUGCUUCCAGACCCUUUGUAUUCUCUUCCGACUGAUAACACUUACCUCUUAGCCAUCACUUCCACGGAUAAUGGCAGAAUUUUUUUGGCUGGAAAGGACGGCUGUUUGUAUGAAGUAGCAUACCAAGCAGAAGCAGGAUGGUUCAGUCAAAGAUGUAGGAAGAUAAACCACUCAAAGAGCUCUCUUUCCUUCCUCGUUCCUUCUUUGCUCCAGUUCACGUUCUCAGAAGAUGAUCCUAUUGUUCAAAUUGAAAUUGAUAAUUCCAGAAAUAUUCUGUAUACACGGUCAGAGAAAGGAGUAAUACAGGUUUAUGAUUUGGGCCAUGAUGGACAGGGGAUGAGCAGAGUUGCCUCAGUUUCCCAAAAUGCCAUUGUCUCUGCUGCUGGAAACAUUGCUAGGACUAUUGAUCGUUCCGUUUUUAAGCCAAUUGUUCAGAUAGCAGUGAUUGAAAAUUCUGAGUCACUGGACUGUCAGUUACUGGCUGUCACUCACGCAGGUGUGAGGUUGUAUUUCAGCACUUGUCCAUUCAGGCAGCCAUUAGCUCGACCCAAUACACUGACACUGGUUCAUGUCCGAUUACCUCCUGGAUUCUCAGCAUCUUCAACGGUUGAGAAGCCUUCAAAAGUGCACAAAGCUCUUUAUAGUAAAGGAAUUCUAUUAAUGACAGCAUCAGAAAAUGAAGAUAAUGACAUUUUAUGGUGUGUCAACCAUGAUACGUUUCCUUUCCAAAAGCCAAUGAUGGAAACUCAGAUGACAACACGGGUUGAUGGUCACUCCUGGGCUCUUUCUGCAAUAGAUGAAUUAAAAGUAGAUAAAAUCAUUACACCUUUAAAUAAAGACCAUAUCCCAAUCACUGACUCACCAGUUGUCGUCCAGCAGCACAUGUUGCCGCCAAAGAAAUUCGUUCUCCUCUCGGCACAGGGUAGUCUUAUGUUUCACAAACUUAGACCUGUGGACCAGUUGAGACAUCUGCUUGUGAGUAACGUGGGUGGAGAUGGAGAGGAGAUCGAAAGAUUCUUCAAAUUACAUCAGGAAGACCAAGCUUGUGCAACUUGCCUCAUCCUUGCUUGUUCCACUGCUGCCUGUGAUAGAGAAGUGUCUGCUUGGGCUACACGGGCAUUUUUUAGAUAUGGCGGUGAAGCACAGAUGAGAUUUCCAGCUACUCUUCCCACUCCAAGUAAUGUUGGUCCCAUCCUGGGGUCUCCAAUGUAUUCUAGUUCUCCUGUUCCUGGUGGUGGUGUCUACCCAAAUCCAUCCACUUUGGGGACACCGGCCCAUGGUGCUCAGCUUCCUACCAUGUCAACCCCAAUGUAUGCUGUGGGAAACCCAGCAAUGCAGGCUACAAGCAUGGGUGGUUUGACUGGACCAGAGAUUGUGUACUCAGGAAAACACAAUGGUAUUUGCAUUUACUUUUCUCGAAUCAUGGGAAAUAUUUGGGAUGCUAGCUUAGUUGUUGAAAGAGUAUUCAAGAGUUCCAGCAGGGAGAUCACUGCAAUUGAAAGCAGUGUGCCCAGCCAGCUGCUGGAGUCUGUGCUACAGGAACUGAAGGGUUUGCAGGAAUUUCUAGACAGAAAUUCCCAGUUUUCUGGAGGACCACUAGGAAAUCCAAAUACUACAGCCAAGGUGCAGCAGCGGCUGGUAGGAUUCAUGCGUCCUGAGAAUGGAAACACUCAGCAAAUGCAACAAGAGCUGCAGAGGAAGUUUCAUGAGGCACAACUGAGUGAGAAGAUUUCACUUCAGGCAAUCCAGCAGCUGGUUAGGAAAUCCUACCAGGCCCUGGCUUUGUGGAAGCUCCUUUGUGAACAUCAGUUUACUGUCAUUGUAGGAGAACUUCAAAAGGAAUUCCAGGAGCAGCUAAAGAUCACCACCUUUAAGGAUCUGGUGAUCAGAGACAAAGAGCUCACUGGUGCAUUAAUUGCUUCUCUUAUUAGCUGCUACAUCAGAGACAAUGCAGCUGUAGAUGGCAUUAGUUUACACCUGCAAGACAUCUGCCCGCUUCUGUACAGCACGGAUGAUGCAGUUUGUUCUAAGGCAAAUGAGCUUCUUCAGCGAUCCCGACAAGUUCAAAAUAAGAGUGAAAAAGAAAGAAUGUUAAGGGAAUCUCUGAAGGAAUAUCAAAAAAUCAGCAAUCAAGUCGAUCUCCCCAGUGUUUGUGCUCAGUAUAGGCAAGUGCGCUUUUAUGAGGGUGUGGUGGAACUCUCUCUUACUGCUGCUGAGAAAAAAGAUCCUCAGGGUCUUGGACUCCAUUUCUAUAAGCAUGGAGAACCAGAAGAAGAUGUUGUUGGUCUUCAGACUUUUCAAGAGAGAUUAAACAGUUACAAGUGCAUUACAGACACUCUUCAGGAACUGGUGAAUCAGAGUAAGGCUGCUCCUCAGUCUCCUAGUGUACCCAAAAAACCCGGUCCUCCGGUGUUGUCAUCAGAUCCCAACAUGCUGAGCAAUGAAGAAGCAGGGCAUCAUUUUGAACAAAUGCUUAAACUGGCUCAGCGAUCGAAGGAUGAGCUCUUUAGUAUUGCUCUGUAUAACUGGCUAAUACAAGCUGACCUUGCAGAUAAACUACUACAGAUUGCCUCUCCAUUUCUGGAGCCACAUCUAGUCCGAAUGGCCAAAGUGGAUCAGAAUAGAGUUCGCUACAUGGAUUUACUCUGGAGAUACUAUGAGAAGAACAGAAGUUUCAGCAGUGCUGCUCGUGUCCUAUCCAAACUGGCUGACAUGCACAGCACAGAAAUUUCGCUUCAACAGCGACUAGAAUACAUUGCUCGAGCCAUUCUUAGUGCUAAAAGUUCCACUGCCAUUUCAUCAAUAGCUGCAGAUGGUGAAUUCCUUCAUGAAUUAGAAGAGAAAAUGGAAGUCGCUAGGAUCCAACUUCAAAUACAAGAGACACUACAAAGGCAGUACUCCCAUCAUUCCUCAGUACAGGAUGCUAUUUCUCAGCUGGAUUCUGAGCUGAUGGACAUCACUAAGCUUUAUGGGGAAUUUGCUGACCCGUUUAAACUUGCAGAGUGUAAACUUGCAAUCAUUCAUUGCGCUGGGUAUUCAGAUCCCAUAUUGGUACAUACACUUUGGCAGGAUAUCAUAGAGAAAGAACUGAAUGACAGUGUAACAUUGAGUUCAUCAGAUCGAAUGCAUGCUCUCAGCCUCAAGCUUGUCCUCCUUGGCAAAAUCUAUGCCGGCACACCUCGAUUCUUUCCUCUAGAUUUUAUUGUGCAGUUCUUAGAGCAGCAGGUUUGUACUUUAAACUGGGAUGUUGGCUUUGUGAUACAAACCAUGAAUGAAAUUGGAGUGCCUUUACCUAGACUACUGGAAGUUUACGAUCAGCUCUUCAAGUCACGGGAUCCAUUCUGGAACAGAGUGAAAAGGCCACUGCACCUUUUGGAUUGUAUCCGUGUAUUACUGACAAGAUAUGUUGAGAAUCCUAGCCAAGUUUUAAACUGUGAGAGGAGAAGAUUUACAAAUCUCUGCCUGGAUGCUGUUUGUGGUUACCUGGUUGAGCUCCAGUCAAUGAGUUCUUCAGUGGCAGUACAAACCAUCACUGGGAAUUUUAAAUCUCUUCAAGCAAAGUUGGAACGACUUCACUAAUUACUGUAGUAGAUUUUCUUUCUUCCAUUUUGGUCUGUAAAAUAAAAACUCAGCUGGGUCCAGAAAUCAGGUGUUGUAUAUCUAAGAAUUUUGAUAGAAAUUUGUUUUUAAUAAGUGAUUAUUAUUAGCUACUACAAAUAGUACAUUUGCCAGAUGAAUUAUUUUUUAUGACUGUUUUUGUUUUGUUUUGUUUUGUCUUAUUUUUGUUUAGUUGGGUCCAGGUAUGUAGUUUAGUAAUAGAAUGUUUGUGUGGUAUGUAAAAUGUCCUAGAUUCAAUUCCCAGCACCACACACAAACACAUCAAUUUGCAAAAAAACUGAAAUAAGAUUAUAUAUGAUUCUGACAAACAAAGAUAAUGUUAUUUUAAAUUUUACUACUGGCAACAAUUUUGAAUUUAUCUUAUUUGUUUCCAGUUUUAUCCAGUAUUAGAACUUCUAGGCUAUGCCAGGUAUGGUGACACACUUUAAAUCCGGCACUUGUGGAGACAAUGGCAGGCAGAUUUCUGGAACUCACACCAAGUUCCAGGCUAGCUAGGGCUACAUAGUAAAGCCUUGUCUCAAAACAAACAAACAAAAAAGCCAAACACCUUAUAGACUGAAUCGGUUCCCAUAGCAUUGGAUUCUGUAAUAGUCCUUAAAUACGCAUUUUUUAAAAGUUAAUUUUUAGAAAAUAUUCUGAACCAUUAAUUGUAUCCACUAUAAAUAACCCUUUAGGUUCUCUCUCCUUUCUUUUCCAUUCACCAUAAAUAUGUACAUUCGAUUUUUUUAUGUAUACAUUUUUUAUAUAUGUGUAUAUAUGUGUGCUGGAUAUGUAUGUAUGUAUGUAUGUAUAUACAGAAUUGUUUGAGCAUGUUUGAUAAAUUUGUAACACUGUUGUAUCUAAAACCUACAUGAUCAGCCAGCUGUGGUGGUGCAUGCCUUUAAUCACAGCCCUUGAGAGGCAAAGGCAGGGGGAACCCUUGAUUUAAAGGCUAGCCUGGUCUACAUAUUGAGUUACAGGUUAGCCACAGUUGUACAUUGAUUAUUGUUUUCUGAGAACCCUCACUCUCAAAUUGUAUAUGCUUCAAGACAGCAGCAGCAUCCUGGAAUUUGUUACAAAUUAAAUUCCUAGGUCUUGUAUCAGAUUUACUUGGACAUAAAUGCCUAUCGUUGUGGUUUUGGCCCUUCAUGUCAUAUCGAAAGCAACUGUAGAUCUUACUGUUUUCUGUAGCUUAUAUUGUUGUUGUUAUUAUUAUUAUUAAGUUCCCUCUCUGAUUGGAUUUUUCCAACCCCUUUCUUACCAAUGACCACAACACAAGUUUUACCUAAGACAUAGUGGAUAAACCUAAAUUGCUAGUAAUCUAGUUUUUAACUUUUUUUUAAUAGUGCUGGGUUGAAGGCCAGGUGGUGGUGGCAUAUACCUAUAAUGCGAGCACUUGGGAGAGUUCAAGGCCAGCCAGGUCUACGGAGUAAGUUCCAGGUUAGCUAGGACUGUUAAAACAGAGAAACCGUCUCCCAAAAAAGAAAAAAGAAAAAGAAAAAGAAAGAAAACAGAAUAGUGUUGUGUUGUGUUGAAUCCAGGGUCUUCAUCCCAAGCAAGUAAGUGCUGUGCCACAGAAACCAUGCCCUCCGACGCUGAAUUAAUUUUAACAUGUUAGAAUUGCUAAACUAAGAGUUCCAAAGUAUUUAUUAUCAAUUGACAAAAGGAAAGAGUAAGAAUGACUAAGGCUCACAAGGCAAGAAAAAAGGAAAACUCCUAUCCACUCUCUUAGGUUUAUUUUAUUGUGUAUUUAGUUUUUUUGUUUGUUUGUUUUAACAAAGUCUCACAUAGCCUUGGCCAGUUUCAGACUCUGUAAUUGCCUAGAGUGAUCUUGAAUUUCUGAUCCUCCACCCUCCACGACCUGAGUGCUAAGACUAUACACAUGCUUCAUCAUGCUCAUUUUUGUGGUGCUGGGCAGUAAACUCAGGGUUCCUUACAUGCUGGGGAGGCACCUAGCUCCCAAACCCCCUUGUUGGCAGGGUCUCACUAUGUACCCCAGGCUGGCUGUAGACAUACUCUGAUCCUCCUGCCUCAAUCUUCCAAGCACUGGGAAUCCAAGCACAUGCCACCAUAUCCAGCUUCCAUUUGAUUUAUGCAACUGAACUGUUAACUUCUGUUGGCUGUCACUAUUGUAAGUCCGACAGGUUUGUAAUAUAUCUUGAAUAUAUUUCUAUAACUACUUUUAUGUUUUCCUAGAUUGUAGGUUUCCUUGUCCACAUUUUUUUCUUUAGAAUUCAACUUUCCUUUCACUUACAGUGUUUGAAUGUGUAUUUCAUAAAAGAUCAAAAUACCACGAAUUGGAUAUCACUACCUCAUAUUUUCAGCUUUCAUUCUCUUAAGUUUAACUUCUUUGGGCUAUAAAAUGACUGCAUUGGAUGUAUUGAUGACUUCAGCAUUUAAAAUUCUGUCAUGCUUAUUUUAAAUGAAGAUCUUGUUUAAAUACUUUAAUGUGAAUCCAUUUCUGCUAGAAAU